CAUAUUCCAUGGGUGUAAUCAUUAGACCAACCAGUUGCAAAACGGAAGAAUUAACAACUAAAACUAGAGUUUCUAUUGGAUCAAUUCAGCUAGGUCCCGCCCCAUUUUCUUCCGUUUAAGAAACGUUUUGCAACCGAAUCGGCGUAUUGAAUACGCACCAGGAUUACACUUCAGCCAUUCGACAAUUUUUUACGAUUUUCGAUUAAGUAUAGCGCCAGUGAUGUGGACAAAAUGAUCGGCGAUCUCUUGAUAUUCGGAACCUUACACAUGAACGCUGGUGCUGUGUUAAACUUCAAACUGAAGAGAAAGGAGUCACAAGGACAAUUUGGAGAUGAACCUCGUGGACCAACUACAGGUGACAACAUCAGAGAGUUCCUCCUGAGUCUACGCUACUUCCGGAUUUUCAUUGCCUUAUGGAACAUAUUCAUGAUGUUUUGCAUGAUUCUAUUGUUUGGAUAGUGAUCAACUUCGUUUUUGGAUUGGGGGCCCCUGCAAAAAAAAUAAAACUUUUUUGAGUUGAGAUUCGUGUCGGAUCCUGUGACCUGCGACCAUUAUGUGCAAUAUCGCAAUAUUUUUGCGCUAGUUAGUUGUACCUGCACCAAAACUACUGUAUUUUAUCUUCAUAGCUUUCAGAAAUAGGGAGCCAAUUGGUUUUUCAGCCCUUUUAUUUCCUUGACUGACCUAAACUGGUUCUCAUGGCUCUCUCGUCCCACUGCAGCGGAUAUAUGGUUAGCAAUAUGUUUGGAACAUCUAAUCGCAGUAAAAUCACAGUAUCGAAUCGCAAUACACAUUGUAUCGGCAUCUAUGUAUCGUGAUAAUAUUAUAUCAUGAGGUCCCUGGCAAUUCCCAGCCCUAUUGCUGUCCUGUUAUCUAUAGUCCUCCUUUUCUUCUAAAACUUGUGAAUAGAAUGAGAAAAUAUUUAAAUCCACAACCAUUUGACGUGUUUGAUGUUUGUCUUACAUAGGCCUCCUGAUGUUAAUGAGCAUUCAGACUUAAUUUUAUCAUUGCUUGGUUGCAUACUUUUGUCUAUGAUCUAGUUUUGUAGAAUAAAACUUUACUCUAAAAUGCA